AAUUCACGAGCCACAUGCAAGCGUAGAAGAAUACAUGUAUAGAUGAUGUACCAAUACUGGAGUCUGGACACCGGUUCUUGUUUACCCGCAAAAUCAGUUCUUGUUUUCAGGUAGGGACACCCACACAUCACAUACCAAUCAAUCACUGUUCACACAACAAACAGUCAAAACUUUGGAAAAUCCCUUUUAUUUCGAAUCUAAUCCGACCCUAAAACCCCCAAUUCUGUUAUACAAUUCUGCUGACAACUUCUCCGAUUUGUUCGUAAAUCAACACCCAACGGUUCAAUAACGAUGAACUGAUCUGAACUUUGAAGGAAUCAAAUUCACGAUUUAGGGUUUAAUCCGUUACUGAAAAAUGUUGGCUCCAAGUCCAUCUGGCAACAUCCCCGGUACGACUCCGCUGCUUUACUCCGUGGAAGAUGAUCGAGGCCGCCGGUCACUCAGGCGACAGAGUUUACGUGAUGCCGCUCGGUUUUUACGGCGAGCAAGUAGCCGGCGGAUGAUGAGGGAGCCGUCGAUGCUCGUUAGGGAAACGGCAGCCGAGCAGCUGGAGGAGAGGCAAAGCGACUGGGCUUAUUCGAAGCCGGUGGUGAUACUUGAUCUCGUAUGGAACCUGGCGUUUGUUGUUGUGGCUGCUGUCGUUUUGGUUUUGAGCCAGGAUGAGUCGCCGACGGCGUGGUUGAGGUUGUGGAUUGUAGGGUAUGCUGUGCAGUGUAUUGUUCAUAUGGUGUGUGUUUGGAGUGAGUAUAAGAACAGGCGUGAGCAUCGGUGGGCUGGUGGUGGAGAAUCCGGUGAGAGCAGCGACAGCGUCAAUGGGUCCAGAGGAAAUGGCAGCCAGUAUGUUACAUUAGCCAAUUUGACCAAUAACGACAACAGUGGGGUGGCUAAGUAUUUGGAAUCUGCAAAUACAAUGUUUUCAUUUGUAUGGUGGAUCCUUGGGUUCUAUUGGGUUUCCUCAGGUGGGCAAGCAUUGGCACAGGAUUCCCCUAAGCUUUACUGGCUUUGUGUAAUAUUCUUGGCAUUUGAUGUGUUUUUUGUUGUUUUCUGCGUUGCACUGGCAUGUGUCAUUGGUAUAGCAGUUUGCUGUUGUCUUCCAUGUAUAAUUGCUGUCUUGUAUGCUGUUGCUGAUCAGCAGGAAGGAGCAAGCAAAGAGGACAUUGAGCUGCUGCCAAAGUUCACAUUCAGGCGGGAAGGUGGGAAAAGUGAUGAUGAAAUACAAGGAGGAGGAGGGGGGCUUUGUGGAGGAGUAAUGAUUGAACAUGCUACAGAAACACCCAUUCAACAUCUUCUCUCACCUGAGGAUGCUGAGUGUUGUAUCUGUCUAUCUGCAUAUGAAGAUGGAGCAGAGCUACGUGAGCUUCCAUGUUGUCACCAUUUUCAUUGCAGCUGCAUAGACAAGUGGCUCUACAUCAACGCCACCUGUCCUCUUUGCAAAUACAACAUUGUCAAGAAUCGCACCAGUGCUUGUGAGGAGGUCUAGUCUAGUAGUAGUAACAACAUAAUAUUAAAUAUCAUUUUCACUUGUAUCAACAACGCCUGUUUCUUGCAUGUUUGCUUUCAUUUUGGCUCAUAAAUUAUCAUUCAUGAAAACCCAAUGUAUGUGUGUGUGUGUGGUUUUCCCAUUAUAACAUUUUUAUGAUAUCCGCUAUGUUUCAAUCA